AUGUCGUUCCGCGAACUGCGGAACUUCUGCGAGAUCAUGAGAUCUCUAGGUUACCAUCGGCUCGUGUCCAUGGACAACUUCCGAACCCCCAACUUUGAGCUUGUGGCUGACAUUCUGGAUUGGCUACUGCACCGUUUCGAACCUGGAUGUGCCAUCCCGGACGACAUCAGCACGGAAGCAGAUCGGGUCUUGUUCAUCAAGUCUGUGGUUGAGAAGGUUGUGCUGAAAACCGGCCUCAAACUCAAUCCAAAGAAGCUGUACGGUGCUGAUGGCUAUGCAGUCAAGGAACUUCUGCGCCUAGCACAAGUAUUGUACGAGGCGCAACGCUCUGUCUCCGAAGUGCCUCCAGAAGGCCGAGGCGAAGAUUUCACGCUGAAUUCAAAGUUAGCCGACCUCAAAAGUACGCGCUCCCUGUGUUCUCAGAUUGUCGAGAGCGGAGCGACUCUCUUUGAGCUGCUGCAGAAGGAGCAAGAGGUGCGACAAGACCGCGAGAAAGCUUUGAGUUUUUUAGAGGGUAUGUCACGCAAUUUAGGUAGCAACACCGAAAACGAGAUGGUGGAGCGUGCAGUGUCGCAGUUGCUUGGCAGCCACGGCCAGAACCUCGAGCAGCUGAAGCAGAUGUCUGAUGAGCUUCAGCGAGACGAGAAGAGUUUAGAGCAGAAAAUCAAAAAGAAAAAGCAGGAGUUGGAGCGCUGCCGAAAGCGGUUAGGCUCGUUGGCUUCUGUACGACCAGCUUUCAUGGACGAGUAUGAGACGCUGGAGCAGGAGCUUGAGCGCUAUUACGAGCAGUAUGUGGGACGUUUUCGGAACCUGGACUAUCUGGAGCAUGAAAUCGACAUGCUGAACAAGGAGGAGCAGGAACGUAUGGAAGAGAAUGAUCGGGCUCUUAAGCGAAUGCAAAAGCGCCUUCGCGAUGAGGAGUGGAGAUUACUCCGCGGUGAGGAGGAUGACAAGGGCAAGGCCAGAAAGCCGAAAAAGAUUCACGGCCAAAAGAGGUGGAUGCCGCCUUCAGCCGUGGACGCUGUAGAUGGAUCCAUGGAAGCUGGCGAUGACGAGGAGUCGUCCGAAGGCUCAAACAGCGACAGUGAUCCACCUAUCAGCGUGGGCGGCUCAGAAGACUCUGGUGGCCUGGGUGGACCGCGUGGUGGCGGCGUUCUGGGCCCAGAGCACGAGCGUGCCGUCUCGCCUCCAGAUGGCUCUGUGCUCAUUGGCGGCGGAAACAGUGUGUCCGAUGAUGAUAUUCUCAAUGAAUCUGACGAGGAGGAGCUGUCAGAUGAAGUUUGUUGCAUCAACGAGGUUCGCUUCACGGACUGGAAUCCGGAGAUGAGCAGCUUCGAGUGCGUGCUUGCUGCAGCAGAAGACUAUGAAAGCUGCCAGGAAGAAGUGGACGACAUUGAGUAUGACGAAGAUUUCGAAGAAGCGGAUGAUGAGGAUGAGUACAUCCCACAAAUCAAGUCCUCAUCGCCAUCGCCGCCGAGCCAGUCGCCAGACGGGACUCCAAAUAAGGUCACGUUUCGACCCAUGUCCUCGCAGUCGCUUCGAGCACCGACGCCCCCGCUUGGGAAGGAGUCGCCCGUCUCUGCGUCUGCCAUCAAGAAGGCAACGCAGAGCGAAAAUGAGAGGAUUGCAAGGAAGUCGCCUUUGCCAACUUCACCCGAUAUGAAUAGGACGAAGAGGGGAGGGGGGCUCAUGGCUGAGUACGAGUCGACCAUGCCAAAGUUCAACUUGGCUGGCAGUGCUUCACCAGCUCAGCGCGCAGCGCUUUCAAGGCUAAGGGACCUGCGAGAGCUGCAGAUUACCAGCAAGCUGGGCAUGGAGACUGGAACCCUCUUCCAGCAAAAGCCACAGCAGGACAUCCAGCUAUUUCUCGCGGGGAAGUCUUUGAAGUACUGCAAGCUCAAGACGACCAGCUGUCAAACGGGUGAUGAUGACGUCGAAGUAGGCGUCAACACAGAAGACGUUUGGAUGGAUGACAAGGAGAUGCAGUUCCCAACGUUGACGAGUGGCCAAACGGCCAAGUCAACAGGGGCUGAAGCGCAGCUUCUUCCAUUCCUCAGGCGUGUGCUGCCGCUCUUCGAGGCAUCGAUUCUUGAGAGCAAUCGCCGUGCUGGAGUGGUGGCACCUCCGCCUCCGGAUGAGCAGUUCGGACAAACUCUGGUGCGGUGCACGCUCCCAGAGAGCUUUGUCUCCACCUUCAUAGGCGCUUGGCCCGCUGUGGUGGACCUGUCCAUCGUGGAGAAGUGGUAUGGGGCUGACCACACACUGGCCCUGUAUGGCUGGGAAGAGGUUGUCCGACCGCCGCCCAGCGAAAUCGUUGGACUGGCCAACUUCAUGCGGCCUAUCCGCAGCCUUGUUGGUUUGCACCCGAUAGUGUUGGGCGGCUCAGGAGGAGCUUCUACCCGCCCAGCGCGCUGUUUGUACUCGUUCUGUCGCUUGAGUUCGCUGGCUGUUGUGAACGGAAGGACGCACCUCAUUGUUGCGGGCUCUGAAACCGGGUCUCUCGUGGUCUACGACCUCCGUGCCAAAGCUCGGACGCCUGCCGACCUGCUGGGCGAAAGCGAAGGCCCACCUCCGAACCCUGAUGCUGACAUUGCCCACUUUGAGGGUCCAGUGUGGCUGCCAUCCGCCUUCUCAACAGACGUUUACGCUCUGGGGCCAACACAGACAGAGGCAGCUGACAUGCCGCAGAACGGCUUCAUGUCUGACACGUUCGGCUUUGAUGGAGACUCGUCGGGAGUUCACGAGGCGGAGGUCUGCUGCGUUCGCAGCUCUGACAUGGCUGCUGGAGAUGCGCUGGUCUUCGCCUUGGAUGUCACUGGGAUGGUCAGCUUUUGGCGAGUGUUGGAGCUUGCCUCGGUAGGCGUGAAGCUUGCGCUGCAAGGGAGUCUGGCCCUUGCGCGAGGUCCACACUGCCAUGUUCUGGGUGACUUCCUGAGUGCUUCAUACCUCUGCAUCCAUCCGCAGCAACAGGGCCAGUUCGUGGCGCUCUCCGCUGCCGGCAUCCGGCAAGCAAAUCGCCAGCGCGCCCUGACCUCCAAUGUUGCGGAUGGGCCAAGGAACUUGGAGCUGCUGAAACACACUGAGGAGGAAGAAGGUGUCUUCCUUCCAAGUGAGUCCUUUGCAUCGCAGCCAUGUAGUGGCGCCUUCAAUCCUUUUUUCCCUGGCCUGCUGUUAGUGGCAUUCGCCGAAGGCGAUUUGGCCCUCUUUGAUUGCUCUCUAUGUGUGCCGGUGACGCACUGGGCAAGUGCAGUUGGCAAGGCAACAAGCGCGCAGAUAUCCGUGGCGUGGUCAACAAGAAGGCCAUGUGUCUUCUUCGUGAAGUGUGGUGACACGUUGGAUGUAUGGGAUCUUGCAGAGAGAACCCAUGUGCCAGUGCAGAGCACCACUCUUGAAGGUGGCCCUCCACGUCCGCCCUCUGCGGUGCCAAGUUGUUGCGAGCUCUUCGUGAGUGCCGACGGUCGACCUGUUGUGUCCGUUGGGAGCUCGGUGUUGCUGCUUGGCCUUCCGGGCCAGCUCACAUCGCCUAUGCAACAACUGCCGCGAAGGCACGCGGUAGACCGGCCCCUUGAGGAGAUGCUUCUGCCCGGCUUUGAGAAGGAUCAGGUUUUCCCGACUCUUGCAAGACAUGCAAGAAGCGUUGAUGUGCCCCCUCAGUGCACAGUGGAGAGGGAUGUGCUGAGGCACAUCAUUGCGGGCAUUAACCCAAUGCAGGCCAGUCUUUGUCAGAAGCCUGCUCUCCGAAACGUUGUGGGACGUCUGCAUUACGAGUCAGCAAUGGCUGUAGUCAGUUUCGAUUGA